GUCGCCGCCGCUGCUGCCGUCCUCGCGGCGACCAUUGGGCCAAGCGGUAAACAGACAGCGGGCAGACGGGCCAGUUACUCCGGCACCGUUCUUGCGCAGUACAGGUACGUGCGUGCAGUGCUCUUCACCGGCCGAUGCCGCGACGCUGAGCAAUAAUAACCGCGACGUUUUAUACGAUGUUAUAUUAUAAAAUAUAAACAUUGUAAAAAAUUAUUAUUAUUCUAUUUUUUGUUCAUUUUAUCCGCGUCGCGGAUAUUUAAUAUUAUUCUACGAACGCAGUGGGCCACAACACCGUCGUCGCGACAAGACCCGGUCCGCGACCUUGCAGUUUCCGCGGCGGCUACCGUUCCUGGCGCGGAGUCCGUGCACCUGGAUUGCCACCAGCCAGUGCCAACCCCAACCAUUGCCUCGUUCAAAAGGAUGUUCCUUUAAAACGUUUAUUUGGCGGAUACAAUACACCAGUCUGGAGCCAUGACCGGUGCAAAUGAUAAACCUGGCUAUUCAGACGGAUUCGCCGGUCGUCGAGUAGGACGUUUGCACGAACGGUAGCGAAUAAUCAACAAUAGAUAUGGCAGCUUUCAUCGGCAUCGGAGUGCUGAGGCAAAUGCUGUACCGCCUGAUAUUCUGGGCGGCCAUACUGCUGUGCCUAUCGCAACUGCUGAUAACGUUCUGGAGAUCCGACAAGUCCAUGUCGAUCAGGUCGAGCAACGCCAACGCCAGAAUGCUCAUGUUCCAGAACAUGAUCGACUUCCACGGCGCGGCCCGGACCACGACGCCGCCGUACGAGAGCCUGCUGACGCUGGAACCGUGGGUGGACAAGGUGUCGGUGCAGUCGGAGCAGCUGAUCAUGGACCAGGUGCAAAAGCGCCUGCCCAACCUGCCGGUGACGUAUUGGAACCAGAACAAGAACAAGAACAUGUACUACAAGAACGAGAGCUGCGCCAAAUUCCCCAGCAUCUACGAGCUGGAGUUCAACAACGUGUACUGGCAAACGUUGCAGACGUCCAACGGGUCGUUUCACCUGUACAGCGCGUACUACGACGUGCGCAAGCUGAGCAAGAUCGGGCCGGCCGUCCGGAUCCUGGGCAUGAUCAACCGGAUCGAGCCCACUGUGAAGACCCACUGCCAGCUGUGGUUCGACGGGCUCAAGCAGCCGGUGAUCGUCAAGAUCAUGGAGUACAAGUACAUAUGGUACAAGAAGUGGGGCAACUACAAGCAGGGCAUCUACCAGCCGUACCUGAUCGCCUGCCAGAUACCCAAGUCGCAUCACCACCUGGUGCCGGCGUCCGUGUCGCUGGCCGAGAACGUGUGCGACAAGGCCACCAACAACCUGCGGGUCGUGUACGACCGGCCGGCCGUCAAGAAGGACUUUGCCGUUUGCGUCAAGGGCUUGGACUUUCUGUACGAGGACUUGUCCGUCCGGCUGGUCGAAUGGAUAGAGCUGCUGCACCUGCUGGGCGCCGACAAGAUAUUCUUCUACCAGCUGCAGGUGCACCCGAACAUCAGCAAGGUGCUCAGCCACUACGAGGCGGCCGGCAAGGUGCACGUGACCCCGUUGACGUUGCCGGGCGGCCAGCCCAACGUGCCCGGGUUCCAGCACCUGUACCUGACCAAAAAGGUGAACCACAAGCGACAGAACGAGCUGAUACCGUACAACGACUGCCUGUACCGGAACCUGUACACGUACAAGUACAUAGCGCUGCUGGACAUCGACGAGGUGAUCAUGCCGCUGAAGGGAACUUCGUGGAAGCAGCUGAUGGACACGGUGCUGCCCAAGGCGUUGUCCGUGCGCAACGAGAGCCGCGCCUCGUACAACGUGCGCAACGUGUACUUCCUCGACGAUCUCAUCCACACGCACGGCUGGUUCAAGACCAUACCCAGGUACAUGCACAUGAUGCAGCACGUGUACCGCAGCAAGAACUACACCAAGCCCAACCAGUACGUCAAGUGCUUCCACAACCCCGAGCGGGCCCUGACCCUGCACAACCACUUCCCGUUGGCGUGCCUCAGCCAAGGGUGCACUUCAUUCGCCAUAGACACGGCCGACGCCCAGCUGCAGCAUUACCGGGCCGACUGCGUCAAGACGCUGAAGAAGACGUGCACCGAGUUCCGGCAGAACAGCGUCAUGGACACCACCAUAUGGCGGUACAAGAAAGACCUGGUGUCCAGGGUGUCCAAGACGUUGGCGUCGCUGGGCUUUUUCCCGGCAGUCUGACGGCCUUUGCAAGAGACCGCGACCGAGAGCCAUCCGUCUUUCUUCCGAGUCCAUUGAAUCCUUAAUAUUCUCUGCAAACGAAGAUGUCCAUCGAGAUUUGGAUACCUUUUGCCACGACCUGUCCCAACGUUGCUUUCGAAAGGAGCUCCCAAAUCUGCCAACCACAACCAGAAACGAAGAUGUUCAAAAACCGCGACUUGUAUCUCUUCCUAAAUUGCAGUUUUACUAUUCCAAGCAUCACCAGUACGCCAAUCGUGGCCAACGAAAUGUCUAAUAUUCUGUACUAAACGACCUGUUGUCCAUGUUUUGACAAAACCAACCGUUUUUUGUACUUAUUUCUUCUCAUUCGGGGCCUGCCUGGCUUGAACGUCGACGACGCCUAUAAGUAGUACGGGUUGAGUUCGAAACGUCUGCAUUUGGCUGGUGCUACAUGUCCAGUAUUACACCAAUUAAGACAAUACACCGUGUAUGGUUGUACGGCAUAGUUGUAAAUUUAAUUUUCGUUAAGUUCUCACGUCAUUGGAACGAGAAACAACAACUUAAACGGCGCGGCGUGGCGAAACGUUUCCUAUAAAAUAUAGACGAACUCCGUCGGUUUUUUUAUUAUUAUAAAUUAAUAAUUAUAAAAAGGGAAAAGUAAAAACGAUAACGCUCAAUUAAUAACGACGUUUGACCGUGAAAAAGACUCGUUCCCGCUUCCUCAUCCGCUGCAAUUGUGAUACCUAAUUAUCUCUCCUAAUAAUAUUUUUAACUGUUUAUUAUGAUAGUAAUAUUAAUAAUAUGUUAGUGACAUCGACUUGUAUGUUAUGUACAAAUCGACGUUUCGAAUUCCUAACGGUCCUAGUUCGAGUAGGUACCUUAGCAGCUAAUAGCGAUAAUAAUAUAUUAUAUUUAUAUUAGUUCUUGUCAUAUUUUUUAUUACUAUCAUUUCUCGCACGGUCGUUCGCACACCACAUCGUAAUAGCUGUUAUAAUUUGAUAAAUAUCGUAUUAAUGUACAAUUAUUUUAUUUGUUAUGUUAAAUUGCCAAAUAAUUGAUUGUGUAUCUGUGUGUAUAUGAUGGACUGGCGUGCGAGCUAAGUGUUGUAUGUAUAAUCAAAAUAGGAAUAAAAAAUAAUUAUGUAUAAAAUUAUUUAUUGUAUAUUGUAAUGAUAUGUAAUGUAAGACAGUAUAUGUAUAUAUUUAUGUGAAUAGUAACAAAAUUACAAUUGCAAUUGUUAUUGUAGUA